AUGGCCGAGGAGACGAGUCCAGGAUCUGAGGCUUCUCCGCCAGCCGAUGGCGACGAGACGAACGUUGACCAUCCAUCCAAGAAUCCUUCCGCCUUCCUCGCGCCCUCGGACUUCCUCCCGCGCCUACCUCCCUCCACUGAAACACCUUCGGGCUCGUCGGGCGUUGCUCCAAGUGAUGGGACAUCUGAUGGACCGUCACACGAUGGGACUGCUCAAGAUGCGCCAGCAACGACAGCGGCGAGCAGGUCUUUGGUCAAUGCGCAAGGUCGAACGUUGAAUCCGAGGUCGUGCGUGACUUGUCGACGCCGCAAGGUCAAAUGCGAUAAACUGCAUCCGUGUAGCAAUUGUAAUAGGGCGCAUAUUGAAUGCAUUUUUCCAGCUCCCGGCAGAGCUCCCAGAAAGCCGCGGAAGGCUGGCGAGGGAAGAGAUAAAGAGCUUCUGGAGCGUCUGCGGAGAUUGGAGGGCGUGGUAAAGGGCAUGGGCGUUGAAGUACCGAAUAAAGAGGGAGAACCUGCUCCGAAGAACAUCGACAACGAUACAAGAGCGGGGACGAACAGCACUGGUCAGGUACAUGGGGCAAGCGAAAGCAACGGGAAUGGUUUCAACAGGACAGUGGCGAAAGACCAAGCCGAUCAAGACUUUCACAACAAGACCAGAUGGGUUGAAGAACAGCAGAAGGGACGUUUCGAGAACAAGUUCGGCAGGCUAGUUGUGAAUGAGGGCAAGUCCAGAUAUAUAAACAACUCAUUCUGGGCCAGUCUUAGCAACGAGGUCGAAGAUCUGAAAGGAAUUCUCAACCAGUCAAGUGACGAGGAAGACAACCUCGCCUCGUCUCCUGGUUCCAAUGCUCCCCAAGCGCCAAGCAACCAUCAUGGCUUCGUCUUCGGGUUCGGCUCCCAGAACGUGGAUAUGUUAAGUCUACAUCCUCUCCCUGGCCAGAUAUCGGAGUAUUGGGAUCUCUACAAGGAUCGAGUAGAUCCGCUGGUAAAGAUUCUUCACCUCCCGACCCUUGAACCAACGAUUCUGAAUGCCGCGUCGCAUUUGUCGAAUCUGUCGCGAGGAUUCGAAUGCCUGCUUUUCGCCGUCUACUACGGCGCUACGACGAGUCUGAGCGCUCGGGAUUGUCUGCUAAAGCUGGGCGAAGAGAAGCUGAACCUGCUUGCGCGGUACCGGUUUGGCAUCGAACAGGCCUUGGCGAGGGCUAACUUCCUUACAACCGAAGAGAUGGUUGUACUACAGUCACUCGUGAUCUUCCUCAUAUGCCUCAGGCGUAACAGCGAUGCUCGCGUUAUCUGGACCCUGACCGGUCUUGUGGUACGGAUAGCACAGACCAUCGGCAUACAUAGAGACGGCUCGCACUUCGGACUCACGCCUUUCGAGAUCGAGAUGCGAAGGCGCUUAUGGUGGCAGACAUGCAUAUUAGACACAAGAGCUAGCGAGGACCAUGGCUGCGAUCCGACCAUCGUCGAGCAGUCCUUCGAUACGAAGAUGCCGCUCAACGUCAACGACGUUGAUAUCUCACCGGACAUGAAAGAAUUUCCUCCAGAGCGGCGAGGCUGCACCGACAUGUCUUUCUGUCUUCUGCGAUUCGAAGUAUCGAACACCUUUAGACGGAUCAAUUACAUUCCUCCGGGACCCCCCAAGGCAUGUACCGAAUACCUCACGUCCGUGACAUUGCAAGAUAAAGAGCGGUGGAUCACAGAAUGCCAUCAAAGGCUGGAGGAACGCUAUCUCAAGCAUUGCGACAUGAGCGUUCCCCUCUUCUGGGUCACAGCGACUGUAGCACGUCUGAUGAUGAGUAAGAUGUGGCUCAUGGUAUAUCAUCCGUUUCAAAGACAGAGUGGCGGAUCUGCGCUAUCAGAAGAAGUCAAAGAGAAGCUCUUCAUCACCAGUCUGGAGAAUAUGGAAUACAGCCUCCUCCUGGAGACAGAAGCCCGAACGAUGAAGUGGGGGUGGCUGUUCAGGACAUACGUUCAAUGGCAUGCGCUUGCUUUCACCCUAUCAGAACUGAGCCACCGGACAACGGGGCCCCUGGUGGAGAGGGCCUGGGCAGCCGUGGAGAAGACUCGCGAUGGGACAUGGGUCGUCUCAGUCACAGAAGAAGCUGGCGUCGGUCAUCUGUGGCGUCCGCUAAAGAAGCUCUACCGGAAAGCCAAAGAGGCGCGACAACGUGGGUUACUGGAAGAGCAGAUGGCCAUGAAUCCCGCCUCGAAUCCCCCGAACAGAACGUACAGUCCCAACGAAAACCCAAUGUUUGGCCAUCCAGCUCGACCGCGCAUGACAAGAGCUCCCCUGAGUUCUGCCCAACUCAAGCGAUUCACGGAGGGACCGGAAUUCGGCAAGGCGCCUCUGGAUAAACACGAACUACUACGAUCACCCAAGCUUUCGGAUACGACCACCCAGGAUCCUAUGGACACUGCGGGCCUGACUGAUGACAUCCUCCAGCAGCCGCAGCCGCAGCCGCAGGAAAUCGACCGAAAUUUCAUCGCAGAACAACAAUCGCAGCCAAUGAACGGCAUGCAAUCCUCAUCUGCCCAGUCCGUCGCGACGCCGCAAGCCCUCAAUCCUGCUCCAGGGUUUGGUCAGAAUUUCCUGACACAGUCUGGAAACAUCCACUUCAACGACUUCCCGAGCCAUGGCAGCGGGAUGCAACCGAGCACCAAUGGCAUGCGGAUGAACUCGAUGGACAGCCUCGACAAUGAUCUCGGUAGCGUCAUGGAUACGUCCGGAGACUUGAAUUGGGAGAACUGGGAUCAACUGGUGCGGCAGUUUGGCAUGGAUGUCGAUUCUGGCGUUGGCAUGAGCACCGGCCCCACGACGAACUGGAACGGUGCGAACCUCGAGGUGGGUACUAGCGGGCAGAAUCUCAGAAUGGGCAUGGGCAUGGGUGGAGGAGAUUGGUUUUGA